UCUCUGCCCUCCAGGUGAUGUGCCAUGCCACGGCAGCCGCCGCUGCCAAGGGCACUGGUACCGGCGCCGCCACCGCUGCAGCGCCCUCGACCUCCAUAGGAUAUCGACAGUCGGAGAAGGCCGCCGCAGCCGCCCACAAGGUCGCGCAGGAGGGGGAGGCCACUCAGGGCCUGGCCCAGAUCAUCACACACAUCGCAGCAUACCUGCAGCAACACCAACCGCAGGAAGCGGCGGCUGCGGCAGCAGCAGCAUCCGCAGCAGCGGCGGCGCCUUCGGCGCCGCCGCCGCCUUCGGCGGCGGCAGGUGCCGACGCCGCUCCGGCUGCGGAUCGCACCGCCAGCGGCGCCCAUGCUAGCUCCUCCGGCAGUGGCAGCGGUGCUGCUAUUGCUUCUGGCGGCGGCGGCAGUAGCUCUCCCGGCUGCAGCGCUGCGGCCUACGUUGCCGUACUGAAGCCGCUGCAGGUGGAUGCGGUGUCGGGGUUGGACAAGGCGGGGGCGCACCACUACGCCAACUCCGUGCGAAAUGAGUCGCAUGUUCCCAAGACGCGGGCGAUGCGACUAGCAAAGGAGGUCGCCUCCCUGGAGUCGCUGCUGCCGCUGUCGCCCUCCUCCUCCGUGUUCGUGCGAGUGGACGAGGGCGCCGUACAGCUCUGGAAGGCGAUUGUCAUAGGGCCCGAGGACACGCCGUACAGCGGAGGGUGCUUUGUGUUUGACUUUUACUUCCCGCCGCAGUAUCCCAACUCGCCGCCGCAGGUUCACCUGGUCACGACGGGCGGCGGGCGGGUGCGCUUCAACCCCAACCUCUACGCCGAGGGCAAGGUGUGCCUGUCGCUGUUGGGCACCUGGUCGGGGGACCGAGGGGAGCAGUGGAACGCGGACGUGUCGACUGCCGUACAGGUGCUCAUCUCCAUCCAGUCGCUCAUCAUGGUUCCGGAGCCCUACUUCAACGAGCCCUCCUACGAGGGGCAGACGGACGAGCGGGGCAAGACAGCGUCCCGAGAGUAUAACAAGGCCGUCCGUGAGAACUGCGUGCGCUACGCCAUGCUGGACGUGUUGCGCCACCCGCCCGCCUGCCUUGCGGAGGUGGUGCGGGGGCACUUCCGGCUGCGGAGGGAGGCGCUGUUGGCGCAGAUCAAGAGCUGGGCGGAUGAGGGGCGGCAGCACGACUCGGGGCAUGCAGGGCGGCUGAUGGACAUGCGGAAGGAGCUGGAGACGCUGAUAGCGGCGCUGUGAGAUGGGUAGUUGGCG